AUGGAUUUUAAUUUUUCUUUUGUAAUUAUCUUAAUGUUAAUGGAUGUUUUGCUUAUAAAUUCACUUUCACCGCCAAUAACACCACCAACUGAUCCCAAAAAAUUAGAACCCAAACCGAGCUUGAAAGAUGAAAUUAAAGGAAUUCAAUAUGGAUUUGAUGAAAAGGAUGAACCGCGCCAUUUUCAAUUUCGAAAGGAUAUAGAGGCAAAUUAUAAAGGAAAGUCUGGAUAUGUUUGUAAAACUUAUAAAAAUGGGGUUUAUUGUGGUUGUGUAAUUAGAGGUAAAUUACCUGAGAAAUUUAAUUUGCCAAUACCGGACAUGGACUGUGCUGAGAAUUUUUGGAAGAUAGCUGCGAUGGCAAUGUGUGGGAAUGGGUAUUUUGACCAAAUGAAGCUUUGUGCUCUGACCAAUUUUUUUGAUGAUCAGAAACCGGAGAAUGUUCCAAAAGACAAUCGACAUAAAAAAAUGUUGGUGCUUUUGGAUGGCUGUGCGACAUGUUCUGGUGGCGGCAAAAUUACGGGAUUACGUAUCACACAUUUAGAGGAAGCUGGCGGCUUCUUUUCUAAAUGUGAUGAAAUGAAGGAAUUUGAAGCCUUUAGCGUUUCCGAUCUUUCAAUUAAUAUCCCUGCUAGUAAUAAGGUUGAUGGAAAUUCUGCAUCAUUUACAAUCCCCGCCAUUUUAACUCAUCGUGUAUGUAACAACAUUUUUUAUGAAAAUAUUGCUAAGGAUAGUUAUGUUAAUGUUAAACUUCACAUUGAUUAUGAGUGUGGUGGAAGCAAAGCAAAAAAGGUCGUCGAUUUGCCAUCUAUUGAUCUGAAAUCGUUCAAAAAUCGUAUUGCGGAAAUCCGUGGAUUGUGGAUUAAUCUGGAUGGGGGAAAUACUAAACAAUAUGUUAGGGAAGGACUUGAUUUCAAGAUUAAUGACAAAAUGGGUGGAAGCUGGACAGAUCCGAAUCUCGAUUGUUGGACAAAAAAUGAAAUUUGUAAAUUGAAAUGAUGAAAUUGUAAAUUGAAAUAAGUUAUUUAAUGUAUUUUU